AUGGCCGGAAUUGCUUCUGCGCAAAGUGCUACUAACGUGAGAGCCACGUACCACCUCUACAAUCCGCAAGACAACAACUGGGACUUGCGAGCCGUGAGUGCCUAUUGCGCGACGUGGGAUGCCGACAAGCCCUUGGAAUGGCGCAGCAAGUACGGAUGGACCGCCUUCUGUCACCCCGCAGGUCCGACCGGACAAGAGGCCUGUGGAAAGUGCCUGCUGGUGACGAACACAGCCACCGGAGCUCAGACGACGGUGAGGAUUGUCGACCAGUGCAGCAACGGAGGGCUGGACUUGGACGUUAAUGUGUUUAACCAGAUAGACACGAACGGAAUUGGGUAUCAGCAAGGAUAUCUUACAGUCAACUACGACUUUGUUGACUGUGGGGACUAA